AUGGCAUCACCACUACGUCGCUUCACCCUCGUCUUCUACGUCCCACCCUCCAACGCCGCAGCAUGCAAAGCCGCCAUUUUCAAAGCCGGCGCAGGACGCUACCCGGGUCCGGGCGGCUACACGGAAUGCGCGUGGCAGACAACCGGUACUGGGCAGUUUAGGCCCGGUGAUGCGGCGAAUCCCGCUAUUGGGAAAGUCGGCGAGUUGGAGGAGACACCCGAGGUUAGGGUUGAGACGUUAAUCGUUGGGGAGGACACUACUAGGAAGGCGGUUGCCGCGCUUAAAGAGGCGCAUCCGUAUGAGGAGGUUCCUUAUCAGGUUUAUCGAGUUGAGGACUUUUGA